AUGCGUGGCAUUCAGAUCAAGGAGUAUGUCAAGUCUCCCAAGGAGCUCCGCGUAACGGAUCUCCCGGAGCCCGUCCCCAAAAAGGACGACGAGUAUCUCAUCCAAGUUCACGCUUCAGCUGCGAACUUCUUUGACAUCCUUCAAGUCCAAGGCAAAUAUCAGACUCAGCCUCCCUUCCCCUGGACAUCCGGCUGCGAAUUUGCCGGCGUCGUUCUCAAAGCACCCUCGUCCAACGCAAAAUUCCCCGUCGGCUCCCGCGUCUUCGGCGCGACCCAAGGCGCCUUCGCCGAGAAGUGCGUUGCCCGCGAGAAGGAGAUCCUCUCCAUCCCCAACGGCUGGUCUUUCCAAGAAGCUGCGGGCCUGUUCAUCACCGCACCUACCUCUUACGGUGCCCUUGUCGUCCGCGCAGGUAUCAAGGCGGGCGACAUUGUCCUCGUCCACGCUGCGGCUGGAGGCGUCGGAUUGGCCGCAGUGCAGGUUGCAAAGGCUUUCGGCGCCACCGUUAUCGCGACAGCAUCAACCCAGCGGAAACGCGAUGUUGCCAAGUCCUUCGGCGCAGACCACGUCGUCGAUUACCGCGACCCCGAGUGGCCUGCCAAGGUGAAGGCGCUCACCCCCGGUGGAAGGGGCGUUGACAUCGUCUACGACCCUGUAGGCAUGGUCGACGCGAGCACCAAGUGCACUGCCUGGAACGGUCGUAUUCUCAUUAUUGGCUUUGCGGCGGGCAAGAUUGAAAAGGUUGCCAUGAACAAGGUACUCCUUAAGAACAUUAGCCUCGUCGGUAUCUUCUGGGGCCAGUAUGCUGUGAGAGAAAAGGAAACCGUUGUGAAGGUUUGGGAAGGCAUCAUGAAGCUCGUUGCUGAGGGCAAGCUGCGUGGUACCGAGUUCACCGACGAGGAGUUUGUUGGGCUAGAUCGCAUCCCUGAUGCCUUGAUAGCGCUGGGCAGCCGAGGCACAUGGGGCAAGGUGGUUGUAAAGAUCCCGCAGGAGGGCCAGAGCAAGCUGUAA